AUGUCUGGAAAAAUUGGUCGAAUAGAUGUCGAAAGAUUGGAGCUGUAUUUUAUUUGUAAUGACAGUGACAACGAAAAACGAGUGCCAGCGUUACUCAGUCUGAUAGGCGGAAACACCUACUCCCUGUUACGUGGUUUGACUGCCCCAGCGAAACCUGCGUCAUUACGUUUUGAUGCCAUAGUGAAAAUAUUAAAAGAAUAUUUUAAUCCAAAACCCAUAAUUAUUGCAGAACGUUUUCGGUUUCACAAACGUGAUCAGAGACAAGGGGAGACAAUUGGGGAAUACAUCGCGGAAAUUAGAAAACUGUCACAAUACUGCGAAUUUGAGGGAUAUCUUUAUGAUGCUUUGAGAGACAGAUUAGUGUGUGGUAUGAACCAUGAACAAACCCAAAGAAAAUUAUUGUCAAUUGUGGAGUUGACAUACCAGCAAGCUGUCGAUAUAUCCAUUGCCAUGGAGACUGCAGAGCGUGAUGCUGGUGAGCUUCAAUCAAAACAUGGGCAGAACAUUAAUAGUUCUGCAGUGCAUAAAGUGAAAGUAAGUGGGUUCAAGAUGAAAGACCGAAGUCGCAAUAGCCGUGGAAAUAACAAAUCAUGUUUUCGUUGCCUUGGUACCAAUCAUGAGCCACAAGACUGUCGUUGGAAAAAUGAAACUUGUCAUGCCUGUAAUAAAAAGGGACACAUAAAGAAAGCCUGUAGAUCGAAGAAAGUAAGACAGACUGUUCACAAUGUCCAAACAGAUGAGGAGGAAUCCAUUGCUAGUUUGGAGAUAAACACAAUGGGGAAAACAAAUCAAGAUGUCAUUUGGAUUUCGCCAAUUGUUGAGGGUGUCAAGUUUGACAUGGAGCUCGACACAGGAUCUGCUGUUUCAGUGGUCGCAGAGAAAACUUUCCAAAAAUAUUUUCCAAAUAAAGUGAAAGACUUGAAGCCCACAGAUGUUAGUUUGAAAACUUACUCGGGUGAAAAACUAAAACCAGUUGGCAUUGUCAGUGUGAAAGUUGAGCACAAUAAACAGUGUAAGCAGUUGAAGAUAUAUGUCGUUCCAAAGGGAGACAUAAGUUUAUUCGGGCGAGAUUGGUUAAAGGAAAUAAACUUGGACUGGCAUUUAAUUAAAAUGCUACAAGUCUCGAAAUCAUCGAAUGAUGGAAACACGAUGGCAAAAGUAGACCGACUUGUUGAGAAAUACAAGUCUGUAUUUCAGAGUAACAGAGGUACUCUAAAAGACAUUAAAGCAACACUGAACUUGAAAACGGACGUGCAACCCAAGUUCAUGAAAGCAAGAUCCGUUCCAUAUUCCAUCAAACCAAAGGUGGAGGCAGAGAUUGAAAAGUUAGUAAGUGAUGGAAUACUUACUAAAGUCAAUUACAGCGAAUGGGCCACACCAGUUGUGCCUGUUAUUAAACAGGAUGGAUCUGUAAGAGUGUGUGGGGAUUUCAAAGUCACAGUAAACCCAGUGCUAGAAGUUGAUCAGUACCCUUUGCCACGCAUUGAGGACAUAUUUGCAUCACUAGCUGGUGGUCAGCGUUUUUCAAAGAUAGAUCUGCGUCAGGCUUAUCUACAGAUGGAAGUUGAUGAAAAGUCACGUGACUUGUUAACAGUUAACACUGAAAAGGGGCUGUACCGUUUCAACCGUUUAGUAUACGGGAUUGCAUCAGCACCAGCAAUCUGGCAACGCGCUAUGGAUACAGUAUUCCAAGGCUUGUCAGGCGUUAAAUGUAUCAUUGAUGACAUGAUUAUUACUGGUCGUUCAGAUGAGGAACACCUGCAGAACCUGGAAAAUGUCUUACAGCGUCUAGAAAAAUACAACUUGAGGAUCAAGCUUGAAAAAUGUGAAUUUUUCAAAGACAGAAUCUCAUUCUGUGGUCAUGAAAUUGACAUGGAAGGAUUGCAUAAGACACAAAGUAAAAUUGAAGCAGUUGUAAAAGCUCCAAAACCAGAAAAUGUGUCACAGCUGAGAACAUUCUUAGGACUAGUGAAUUACUACAACAGGUUUUUGAAGGAUGUAUCAACAGUGCUUCACCCACUGUAUGAACUUCUGCGACGAGAUAAACCCUGGGUAUGGAGUGAUCAGUGUGAAGAGGCAUUCUGUGCUGUUAAAGCCUUAAUAACAUCACCAGAAGUGCUGACACCUUACAAUCCGAACUUACCUAUCCGUCUUACGUGUGAUGCGUCACCAGUUGGAUUGGGAGCAGUUUUAUCUCACGUGAUGGAUGACGGAGUGGAGAGACAAAUCGCCUAUGCAUCUCGUUCGUUAACCAAAGCAGAAAGAAAUUACUCCCAGAUUGACAAGGAGGCUCUCGCACUCAUCUGGGGAGUUAAGAGAUUCCAUACUUACCUGUUUGGUAGAGAAUUCACCCUGCUGACAGAUCAUCAGCCACUAGUAUCAAUGUUUCACCCUAGAAAGGGAAUUCCAAUGACUACAGCAGCACGGUUGCAGAGGUAUGCGUUAUUUCUGGCUGGUCACAAUUAUCGGAUUGAAUACAAGAAUACCAAAAUGCAUGGAAAUGCAGAUUGUCUUUCACGUCUACCAGUUGAUAGUGGUGACAAAGAAACUGUCGACGAGAACAUUGAUCCUGUGGAGGUGCUACACAUUGCACAGUUUGACACACUACCAGUAAGUCAUGCUAAUAUUCAGCGUGAAACGAGAAAUGAUCCAGUAUUAUCAAAAGUUCACGAGAUGGUAAUCACUGGAUGGCCAGAGAAAUCACCAGAUGUGGAUUUUGAUCCAUUCUUCCACCGGAGAAAUGAACUGACAGUACAUCAAGGAUGUUUGCUGUGGGGAAUGAGAGUUAUCAUACCCCAUUCAUCUCGCAAAAAGAUAUUGGAAGAACUUCAUGAAGGACACAUCGGAGUUGUCAAAAUGAAGGCGUUGGCGCGUAGCCAUGUUUGGUGGCCUGGUAUUGAUAAAGACAUCGAACUUUUGGCAAAACGUUAUGUGGGUUGCCAAUUCAUCCUUGGGAAUGGCCUACAAAACCAUGGGAGAGAAUCCAUGUUGACUUUGCUGGUCCUUUCUUAG